AUGUCAAAAAAAGGACGUAGCAAGGGCGAAAAGCCUGAGGCACUGAUUGUUGCCCUACAGGCUGCCAAUGAGGAACUCAGGACCAAGCUAACAGACAUUCAAAUUGAGCUGCAUCAGGAGAAAUCUAAGGUUGCUAAACUUGAAAGAGAGAAGACUCAAGAAACUAAGCGCAUCCGUGAAGUGGAGCAGCGCAAGCAGACCGUGCAGAUCACGGAGCUAAAAGCCAAACUCCAUGAGGAGAAAAUGAAGGAGCUGCAGGCCGUGAGGGAGAACCUCAUCAAACAGCAUGAGCAGGAGAUGACGCGGAUGGUAAAAGUCCGAGACAGCGAAAUCCAGCGCCUCAAGUCAGCGCUGUGUGCACUGCGGGACGGGAGCAGCGAUAAAGUACGGACAGCGCUGACUAUUGAGGCUCGUGAAGAGGCCAGAAAACAGUUCGACUCCGAGCGCCUUAAGCUUCUGCAGGAAAUUACUGAACUGAAGUCUGCCAAAAAGCAGGUAGAUGAGGCCCUUAACAACAUGAUCCAAGCUGAUAAGAUCAAGGCGGGGGAUCUUCGGAGCGAGCAUCAGUCCCAUCAGGAAGCCAUUUCCAAGAUCAAAUGGGAGAGUGAAAGGGACAUUCGCCGCCUGAUGGACGAGAUCAAGGCUAAAGACAGGAUCAUAUUUUCCUUGGAGAAGGAACUGGAGACACAGACAGGCUACGUGCAGAAGCUGCAGCUGCAGAAGGAAGCUCUGGAUGAACAGCUCUUCUUGGUGAAGGAGGCAGAGUGUAACAUGAGCAGUCCCAAGAGAGAGAUCCCAGGAAGGGCUGGAGAUGGUUCGGAGCACUGCAGCAGCCCUGACUUGCGCAGAAACCAGAAGAGGAUAGCAGAGCUGAAUGCCACGAUCCGGAAGCUGGAAGACAGGAACACAUUGCUUGUUGAUGAACGGAGCGAACUGUUGAAGCGUGUCCGAGAAGCUGAGAAACAAUGUAAACCACUUCUGGAAAAGAACAAGUGCCUCACGAAGAGAAAUGAUGAACUUAUGCAGUCUUUGCAGCGCAUGGAAGAUAAACUCAAAGCUGUCACUAAAGAAAAUAUAGAAAUGAGAGAAAAAAUCACAUCGCAUCCUCCUCUAAAGAAAUUAAAAUCUCUCAAUGAUCUGGAUCAGGCUAAUGAGGAACAAGAAACGGAAUUCUUGAAGCUUCAGGUCAUAGAACAACAGAACAUAAUUGAUGAGCUAACAAGGGACAGGGAGAAACUCAUUCGUCGCAGAAAGCAUAAAAGGAGUUCAAAGCCAAUUAAGAGACAUGUGGUUGAUACAUUUUUUGGGUACGAUGAUGAUUCCAUGGACUCUGAAACAUCCUCUGUAGCCUCAUAUAGAACAGACAGAACACCAGCAACCCCAGAUGAUGAUCUGGAUGAGGGUUUAGCAGCUGAAGAAUCAGAGCUGCGGUUCCGACAGCUGACCAAGGAGUACCAGGCCCUGCAGAGAGCAUACGCACUACUGCAGGAGCAGACAGGAGGCGUCAUAGAUGCGGAAAGAGAAGCCAAGGCUCAAGAGCAGCUCCAAGCUGAAGUUCAGAGAUAUAAAGCCAAAAUAGAAGAUCUGGAGAAAACUUUGGCACAGAAAGGGCAGGACUCGCACUGGGUGGAAGACAAACAGCUUUUCAUUAAGAGGAACCAAGAGCUUUUAGACAAGAUAGAGAAACUGGAAGCAGAAAACAACCGUCUGCAACAGGAGCUGCAGGAUGCCCGAGAUCAGAAUGAGCUGCUGGAGUUCCGCAACCUGGAGCUGGAGGAAAGAGAGAGACGGUCUCCACCAUUUAAUCUCCAGAUUCACCCAUUCUCAGAUGGUGUGAGUGCUCUACAGAUCUACUGCAUGAAGGAAGGGGUUAAGGAUGUCAGCAUCCCAGACCUCAUAAAGCAGCUAGACAUCCUAGGUGAUAAUGGGAAUUUAAGAAAUGAAGAACAAGUAGCCAUAAUUCAGGCUUCCACUGUAUUGUCCUUGGCAGAAAAGUGGAUCCAGCAGAUCGAGGGAGCUGAAGCUGCUCUGCAUCAGAAGAUGAUGGAACUGGAAAGUGAUAUGGAACAAUUUUGCAAAAUAAAAGGCUAUUUGGAGGAAGAAUUAGACUACAGGAAGCAAGCUCUUGACCAAGCAUACAUGAGGAUCCAGGAGCUUGAAGCCACCUUGUACAAUGCUUUGCAGCAAGAAACGGUGAUAAAGUUUGGGGAACUGCUCACUGAAAAACAGCAGGAAGAACUGAGGACAGCAGUGGAAAAGCUAAGACGUCAGAUGCUGAGGAAAAGCAGAGAAUACGAUUGCCAGAUUCUUCAGGAGAGGAUGGAGCUGCUCCAGCAGGCUCAUCAGAGGAUCCGAGAUUUAGAAGAUAAAACUGACAUCCAAAAGAGACAAAUUAAGGAUCUGGAGGAAAAGUUUCUAUUUCUGUUCUUGUUCUUCUCUCUUGCCUUUAUUCUUUGGCCUUGAUGUCAGUGUGCCUCUUGGAAAGGAUUAGCAGCACUCACUGCUGUACUUUGCAAAUAAGGAAGGACAUGCAU